UUUGAUAAACCCUGGUCGCCAUCCCCUCGUUCCUGCUCGUUCCUACUCCUUCCUGCUGCUUCCGCGCCACGCUCCUCGCUAUACUGUCAAUGUGCACUGCACUGCCACUUCGCUCUUGACAGCAGCAGCCGCGAAUACUCGAAUAUUGGAAUUGUGAUUCCAUUCGGAGACUAUUUCUCUUCCAUCCUCUCCACCACCUGCCUUUCCCGUCCGUUGCACCGUUGACGGACUUUUUGAGCACUCAUAUUUGACAACCCCGCCUCAUGAGUGGUGGUUCGCCAUUGAAAAUGCGAUCGAUUCUGAAUAACGACGACAAUCCUGCCUUCGCGGUGCGACGAACUACAGAGUCGUUAUCUAAACCAAACUACGAGAAUCGCUAUGGCAAACCCGAUUAUCCCGUAGCCGAGUCUGGCUGGCCAUCGCAUGUCCAGCAGCCGACGACUUCGUUACUCACACCCGAGGUUCGGGAGCUCCCUACAGAGACGAGGAAGGCUCCUCCACAGCUGUAUCCCGCCUACUCGCAAGCAGAUGCUUUGCCACAUCUACAAUCCCGUCCGUCUUCAUUACAAGGCAAUAAUGGCCCACGGAUCAGCACGACAGCCUCCUCUUCUCCUAGCAGCUACUAUGCCACAUCAUCCGAGAUGGCGAGGAUGUCAAAGAAAAACAAAUACCCCUGCCCUUAUGCCGCAACACACUCUUGUACUGCUACCUUUACAACCUCGGGUCAUGCCGCACGCCACGGGAAAAAACAUACAGGAGAGAAAAGCGUACACUGUCCGAUCUGUAACAAGGCCUUUACACGGAAGGACAACAUGAAACAGCAUCGUCGAACCCACAAAAACAAUGACCCGGAGCAAUUGUCACCCCGAACCCAAUUGCAGAAUAGCCUCGAUCAAAGUCGCCGGGAGAAUAGUCAGCCUGACUCUGAUGGUGAUGAUGUUUCGAGUGGAUCAUCCCCUAGAGAGUAAAAAUUACUGCAACUCUCGUCCAUCAUUUGAUGGAUUCUCUGUUACUUUGAUAUUUACAUUUAUGAUUUCUCUCGGCAAAAAAGGACCCAAUGGACCCUGAAUUUGAGAUACCCGGCGAUGCCGCGGGAAGAUAUGAUAUAUCAUCUUUCGCUCUUUUGUCUAUUCAAACCUUUCCCCCUUGUUCUACCACACAAUAAGCGACUGCAUUUUGGCGUUU